AUGGAGUCCGUACGCCAGUCAUGCCGGCCCAAGCACCAGGUCCUGACUUUGAAAUGCUAUCCGAAAUACCAGAAGGGGGUGGCGGAAGUUCGGCCGAAUCCAAGUGAACUCUCGUACCUGCUGUACUAUACCAGCACGCGCCGCAGUAAGCUGACCAAGGUCGGCGCGUUCCUGGAGAAAAGAGUGGCCCGGGAUGUCUGGAGACGCAGAUUAGGAAAUGUCCAGGUGGCGCUUCAUAUCCUGGCUGCCCUCAUCGAAAAAGUCCCCCGCGAUCUUCCCAUCUACGCGCGUUCUGUCAUGACUGUGAUCGAGACUGUCCUGCGUUCGAAUGACAUAACUAUGGUGGAGGAAUCAAUUGUGCCCUUUGAAAUGUUCUGCCGGCAUCAGGACAUUUCGGCCAUUGCGGCGGACCAGGGGCUUGCUUCCCAGUACCGAGAAGUCGUUCGGACAUACGCCAGCUUAGCCGAUCCAGCUUUUGUUUCCAACCCUAAUACAAAAUUCAGCCCGCAAGUAGCCAUUCGGUGGAGAAACGCGGGACUGCGAGCUAUCAGGGGCGUGGUCAGCUCAGAGAGCCUUGCUGCUGAUGGUGGCACUUCGCUGAAGCUGUGUCUACCAAUCAUUCUGGAGAACCUGUACUCCGGCGAUGAGGACCUGAUCCCGACACUCAAGGCCAAGCUACAAGAAGCUGACACGAAUGAACGGGAUGGACCCAAACCUCGCCGCAUGAGUGUCAACACCGUGCACACUGUGGACACAGCGGAGGGCGAUCCCGAGCUCGCAGCACGGUCUGCGGACGAUGCAGAUCGAAAGGCAGAGAUGGACGCUCGGCUCAUGGCCCUGCGCUGCCUCGAGCAGAUUAUCGUCUCCGGGAGCAAUCGCGGUCAGAUUCGCAUCGCGGUAACGGUCAUUCUACGCUUCGUAUCGACGAAGGGCUUCCCGCAGAGUGAAAAGCAGAAUCGAUUAAGCUCGGCCAAGAACGGGAACUGGGCCACCUCUUUGAUCGAACUCAUUGCGAAUUGGUGUCCGGUGCAGGUCCGCUUUAUCAUUUUGAUCACGGCUAUGGAGAUCUUGCACGAUACAAGCCCCAAGGAGGAAGCCCUGGGGUCGGCAUUCACCAUUCUCUCUGUGGUGGAUUGGUUGCUCAGAUCCUCGGUGAACAUGAUUGGUCUCAGCGUCAUUGAUAUUCUUUUUGGUCUCAUGCACUAUGCUUCCGAUAUACUUUCCCCUCCGGAUCAUGCUGGGUCUGCAGAUUCAGAGAGGAAGCCUAAUGGUCCGAUCGAUAUGGUUAUCUCCUCCCACAGACGGGAUCUUCUCACACUCCUGGAGCAGAGUAUUGGAGACCUCGCAACGCAUAUUUACUACGGCGACCAAGUCGCUGACAUGAUGCGGGCGAUCCUCAGGCGCUUUAAACCUGCUUCCUUCCAUGAUAGCUCUGCACAAUCUGCCUUGGCUACCGUUCAAGAGUCCGGGGUUGCACACGUUGACUCGAACUCCGCCUCGGAAUCUAAUGGAGACAGGGCCUCAGCAGAAACCUUUUCACAUGCCGCCGCGAAACUGACCGCUCUUCGAGCAGUCAAGUCCAUAUUGGUCGUGGCUAAUCUCAGGACGCCAUCAACCAUGUCCGGGGCGGAAUCCAGACACCCAGUCGGCAUUCAUGUGUGGGAGGGCACCCAAGGUCUCUUGCGUGAUGCAGACCGGGGUGUUCGCUAUGCCUACACCGACGCUUUCCUCUCAUGGUUGACCUUUGAAACCAACAAGAACGACCUCAAAGCACGAGUAGAUGUACGGAGAUACGUCAAAACAGGAUCGAAGCGAGAGUCCGAGCAGAUCGACAAACAAAAUCGCCGAAGCACUUCGGCUCCUGGGAACCAGCGAGAAACAGUGGCGCUAGCAGCACAAUCGAACUUCCUCCGUCUGCUGCACUUGGCGAUCUACGAUGCUGCUCUUGAAGGAGCCACUGACGAAUCCGAGGUACUCCUCCUCCAUCUGCUUCUGACAAAUCUUGUACAGAACCUUGGAGUGAACGCUGCUCAAUUUGGGUUCCCCAUGAUCCUCAAGUUACAAGAAGACAUGUUUACUUCUAUUGAGUUGAGCUCCUUUGCGGCUCGCGUCAACACCGGAAGCUUGGUCCACGGCUACCUUCUCGCACUGUCAGAGAAGUUUGAAAUGGACACCUCCCCCGUUGGAGCUGAAAUCACCAAGGAAAUCCAGCAACGAGUGGACAAGGGAUACUGGCUCUCCAAGAUCCGGGUGCCCCCAAUUGGCCUCGGUGGUAUUGACUUCGAUAAAGAAAAGAGAGACGUCAACGACUCCACUUCUCCGCCUCCGUUGACACCCUUCCGUAAUGUUGAGGGACUUGUCUCUUUGAUUGACGAGUCUUACCGCCAGUCAAUCUCAUCUCCCCCACAAAGCCCGCCAACCUCACCCGCAAGAGGAUUCACAUUCCCAGUUCUUGGACAUGCGACCGCUCAAUCACAGGUCGACUGUGGCCUCCCGUCUCCCGUGAGGGAUCAGUUGCUGUCUCCAUGGUCACGCGAGGCCUGCUUGGCAGAUGUUGAAAAGGAAAGCGCCAACGCCCUAUCUAUCAAUGGCUCUCGAGGCGGCACCCUCAAUACUCGCAACAACAACCAAACCAACGGAGUAGCAAAUGGCUCACCUGCUGGCUCGGGCUUCCGCGACAACCACCGUAUGAACGUUCCCGAGAUUUCUGCCUCGUCAUCUUAUAGUUCGAGCAGGGGGUCUCCUGUUCGCGUCAAUGAGCUUCGUCGCGUGCUCUCAGUCACCAACGAUUCUCACGCUCGGCGACUCAGCCCGUUGCGUGGACGACUUGACGCAUCAGAUGCCAGUAUCAUCUCCUCUGGAAGUGAUAGUAUGGUCAGCGGUGCCUUCUCUGUUUCUGAGAUGGGCGACGGUGUCUCCGCCCAACUGCCAGUUGGCCAACAAACACCUGACGGCGAUGGCGCAGAGACACCCCGCGCUUCGGCAGCAGAAAUUGUCCUGUCGGGCGACAAACCCUCCGACCAACCUCUCAACGCACCCUCCCUGAGUCGCGUGAAUUCAGACGAGCAAAUACCCCCCGUACCACCGAUCCCCGUCAACUUGUCAAUCCCAGGAGGUUUCCCCAAUGACUCCCAGCGAUCAUUGAUCUCAUACGAUCGCCCAUCCACUGCGCCAGGUCCCUCGCGACAGUCUUCAGUGAAAGACAAAUCUGAUGCAGCUUCUGGUAUUCUCAACCCCAAGUCCUUGGACCGCAAUAAGAGCCGUUCUAGUAACAACCUCGCCGGCUCUAAAAUCCCAGAACUGAUGAAUGACUAUGAAUCCAAUUCCCUGGAUGGCAGUCACCAAGAUCAAUUGCGGAGACUCCUCGAUGGGUUCCUCUCGCCUGACGACGGCACAGUGACAAAUGGGACUCGUCCAGCAACCGCCAUCUCUGGGUCCAAGGGCCCACUGGGUAGAAGUUCAAGCAAACGACAGGUCAGCGGUGGCCUCGGACGUCCACCUUAUUGA